UAUUGAAAACUUUAAAAAAAAAUGGAACGUUGGACUGGUAAAACAGCUAUAGUUACUGGUGCUUCCAGUGGAAUAGGAUUAGCAAUAGCGAAAGCUCUUGUACAAAAUGAUGUUGUCGUGAUAGGAUUUGCACGAAGGAAAAGUAAAAUGCAGAGCGAGAUGCAGAAUGUUAAGGGAAAAGGUAAAGGAAAGUUCUUUGCAUUCGAGUGUGAUGUUUCCAAACCCGAAAGUAUCGAACAAGCGUUUCAAUGGGUCAAGAAUAAUUUUGAGACCGUUCAUAUUUUGGUGAAUAAUGCUGGACUUGUCAUAAAUUCCAAAUUUAUGGAUUCAUCCAGAUCUGAUUGGAAAAGAUUAUUCGAUAUCAAUGUGUUAGGAUUUAUCGAUUGUACCAAACGUGCCGUUAGAAUGAUGUUAGAUUCUAACGUAGAAGGUUAUAUUAUUAACAUGAACAGUAUCGUAGGACACAAAGUAAUUUGUUUUUCGGGUUAUACUUUUAACUUUUACUCAGCGUCCAAAUUUGCUUCCGUUGCUGCUACUGAGAUCAUACAAAAGGAAUUGCAUGGUAGUAAGAUUCGAGUGACGAGUAUCAGUCCAGGAUAUGUAGCAACAGAAAUCUUGCAAGCUGCUAACUUCAACGUAAACACCUUUAAGGAUAUGCCAGCUUUAGAAGCUGAUGAUAUCGCAAAUGCUGUUAUUUAUGUAAUUGGAACUCCACAACGCGUUCAUAUUACUGAAUUGAUAAUUAGACCUUUUGGAGAAGUUAAAUAUUAGUGUUAAACAUGAAAUAAUAUAUAAUAUUUUAACUAAGCAUUAUAUUGCUACUAUCUUCGUCAAAAGACAAUAAAAAUUGCAAUUUUUUCAAUGAUACAAAUUUUGACUAAAAAUGAUAUCAUUGAAAGGAAAAAAGAUAAUAUUAUUUACUUAAUUGUAUUAUUCAUAAUAAUAACUAUUAACUUAAAAAAUUGUUUUAACAAUUGUUUUGCGACUGUUAAUUCCCCUUUUUACCAAUAUUGGCGCUAUGAUCUGUUUCCAAUGAGACGUUGGUAAGAUAACGUAAGAGACGAU